AUGAAUAAUCGAACAAAUAACUCACAUAAUAAUGAUACCACAAUAUCGGAUGAUACGACAGAGAGGCCGCACACCCCAAGUAUUAGCUCGCAAUCCUACGUUAUACCAUUAACGGAUGAGAUGGCAAGCGAACUUUCAACAGAGGGUUCGAGUAUCAGCAGCAAUGAUAAUAGCACUGACAGUAGUGAAAGCAUAACUUCUGCAGAUGAAGGAAUGGAGAACAGACCAAUAGAUGGGGAAGAUGAUUCUCAUGAACUAUUUGAUGAACUUUUAGAUAAUGUUAUGACGGAAUCGAAUAAUAAUACUUUCUUGACGGAUUCACAAGAUUCAAACCCAAUGUUUGAUGUAUCUAAGUAUAUUUUCGAGUCACUAAAUCAAGCUAUUGAAUCUACUGAUUUCUCAACUGCCUUAUCUUUGCAAACUAAAACAUCUGCAGUAAUUAAUUCCAAAAGUUUAGAAUUGAAACAAUUAAUUGAUCAAACUAGGCAGAAAUUAACACAUUUUCAAGAUAGAUUUGAUAAGGGGACUCUAGUAUCUGCUCAAAUAAAGAGAAAUUUGAAUGAAUCUAGAAGUAAAGUAAAGAGAAUCAAUGAUAUGCUGGGUACUGAUUACCCAAUUGAAUUUAAUCAAGCAAGAGAUAAAAUACUGGAAAGGCAGCUUGAAACUUCUGAUACUUCUGAUACUGAUAAUAAUACUAAUAUAUGA